AUGUGCGCCGAUGACCGUAGGGCGGAUAACGAGAGCAGGGAGCCGAUCACCUGGGGCAAGGUCAUCGACAACCGCAAGUGCAUCGGCUGUCAUGCCUGCACCGUCGCGUGCAAACAGGAACACGACGUUCCCCUGGGCGUCAAUCGCACGUACGUCAAGCAGGUCGAGGUCGGGAGAUACCCGAACGUUCGCCGGCACUUCCAGGUCACCCGCUGCAACCAGUGCGCCGACGCGCCGUGCGUGGAGAUAUGCCCCACGACGGCGAUGUUCCAACGCCCCGACGGCAUAGUGGACUUCGACCGCUCGCGGUGUAUCGGCUGCCAGGCGUGUAUGGCGGCGUGUCCAUACGACGCCAUCUACAUCGAUCCGGUGUCGCACAGCGCUGAGAAGUGUAACUUCUGUACGAAUCGGAUCGACCGAGGACUCCAACCCGCCUGCGUAACGGUCUGCCCUACGCAGGCGAUUUUUGUUGGGAACCUCGAAGACCCCAUGUCGAACGUCUCGAACCUCAUCGCCAGGGAGAAGGUCGAGGUACGCCGGCCCGAGAAGAACACCAAUCCAAAGCUCUUCUACGUCGACGCAACCGGCCCGACGCUCGACCCGACCGCGGCAUCGUUCAAGGGCUACUUCAGCCAGUCGCAGCCAAUCGACACACAGGUAGCUCCCGGCAGGCCGUCGUCCACAAGCGCCAACGACCCGACAUCCAGCCACGCGGCGGCCAUCCUCGCGUACGACAACCCGCAUCGCGCCCCACUGGAACUGGAUCGUCUCGGCGUACACGUGGACGAAAUCGAUCUCGGCGGGACUGGUCAUGGUGGUCGCGGCGCUCGGACUCCUCCGAUACGACCUGGGGAGCAACGUGGAGCUGGCGGCGGUCGUCGCCGCGGUAGUCCUGCUGACGGUCACGGCGGGCUGCUCGUGCUCGACCUGCACCAUCCUGAACGGUUCGUGUAUACGCUGCUGAAGCCGCAGUGGAGGUCGUGGGUGACGCGCGGUGCGUACAUCAUCACGGCAUACGGCGCGUUUCUCAUGGUCUACGCGGCGGCGGUGCUCGCGGACGCAGGCGGCGGACUCAUCACCACAGUGCGCGUCGUCGGAGUCUCCUCGCCCUCGCGGCAGGUGUAUACACGGCGUUCCUGUUCGGCCAGGCCAAGGGGCGCGACCUGUGGCAGGAUCCCGGACUGCCUGCACACUUCGUUGUCCGCACGGCCCUCGCCGGGAUCGCGGCACUGA